AAAGAUUCAAAACUAAUAAAGAAAACGGGCAGGAAAACCCCUAAGUACUGUUGUAUUUGUAAAGGAAUUUACAGAGGAAAGGUUAUUGAUGGGAGAAAAGUGUCAUUGCACCGUUUUCCUCAGAACAAACGUUUAAAACGUGUGUGGGUGCAGCGAUGUAAAACGGUCAUGAGAUCGUUCCAGUGGAAUGAACACAGACGAUUGUGUAGUGAGCAUUUUGUUGGCUUCAGAGGACCUUCAUUCCAGCAUACACUUCCAUCUAUGUUUCCAACUGAGACUGGUGCUACCAAAACCUUCCAGCCAACGCUCCUUGAUGAAGACGUAGGUGAUGAUGAUGAUGGUGAUACGGUCAAUGACGAUUUAGACCUAGAACUGUCAAAUGAUGAUAGUAUACAGCCACAACUGUCAUUUGUAUCCCCUUCCGGGCAUGCCAUUGAUACCUCUGUCCACCUGCAUGAUUACUGCAUGGGACCAGUACUACAGCCACAGAAUCAGUCCUUUAGAUGUUGUGACACACAGACUGAGAACAACUGUGCAGUGAUGGAAGUACAAACUGAAGAAAGUUUCCUGGGAAAAACAGCAGACUUCAGUUCACAAACAGAACAUUCUACUAGAGACUUUGGUGUACAAUGUCAGCUACCUAUGCUCACAUAUGAUGACGUAAAAUACAAUGACGAUUUGGUCAGUUUUUACACCGGAAUCCCUAAUCGAGUUGUGUUUGAAGCUUUGUUUGAUGAAAUCAAGGAUGAAGCUGAAGUGCGGACAUCAAGGCGGAAACUUAACUAUAAAGAUUCAGAUGGAGGACGGCCAAGAACUCUAAGUGUUCUGGAUGAAUUUUUCAUGGUGCUGAUGCGCCUACGUCUAGGUCUGUUAUUUGAAGAUCUAGGUACUAGGUUUUGCAUAUCCACUUCACAAUGUAGUGACAUUGUUGAAAGAUGGAUCAACUAUUUACAUGUACAAUUAUCCUUUCUUGUUCAAUGGCCAUCUCGUGAGGUAGUGAAAAAUAACAUGCCUGAACAAUUUAAAGAGAAAUAUUCUAACACUAGAAUUAUUAUCGACUGCACUGAAAUUUACAGUGAAACAUCCAGUUCUCUUUCUUUGAAAAGUUUAAUGUACAGUGAUUACAAGUCUCACAUGACUCAUAAGAUUUUGGUGGGUAUAAGCCCAAAUGGUGUUGUAACUUUUGUUUCUGACUGUUGGGUGGGCUGUACCAGUGACAAGAAACUCACAGAAAAAUGUGGACUCUUGGACUUGCUUGAAGAAGGAGACGCCAUAAUGGUUGAUAAGGGUUUCACUAUUACAGACCUUACUACUCCAAGAGGCAUUCAUCUCAUUAUUCCACCAUUUAAACAGAAAGGAAAACAAUUCUCUAAACGUGAGGUUCUCCUUACAAAAGAUAUUGCAAGUUUACGAAUACAUGUUGAAAGGCAAAUGGAGAGAAUCAAGAACUUUCGAAUAUUGCAUGGCAAUAUUCCUAUAACACAGUCAAGGAGAAUUUCUAAAGUGUUCAAAAUAUGCACAUAUUUGACAAAUCUAUGGCCACCACUUGUUCAAUAA